GAGAUAGAGCUUUGAAGAGCUGCUGCCGUUUGGCGUGGGGAAUAUCGGCCUAGACGGACCAAGGGCCUGGCCGGCAAUAAGGCAAGCAGCUUCCUGCCAGACGCUGACAGUUGGGGGCUGCUUUGCGGCUGCAACCCAGAUGGGGCCUGUGUGACGCUUCCAGUCACCCGCUGCCCCAUAAGCCAAAGGGGGCGCUCCCGCUCCGCAGAGCCUAACGGCGGGGCGGAACCCCUGGCUCGGCCUGUUUACCCCAAAGUUUAAAACGUCCCAUAACCGCUGUCCUGUGAAAAGCCAUUCCCUCGGCGAGACGCGCUUUGGCCCGCCCCUGUCCGCCCCGCCUUCCCCGCGGAGUCCGGCGCUGCGCGGCCUUGCCAGGAACGAGAUGGGGCCGAGGCGCUCACUGGGGCUGCAGAGGGUGAUUGCCCGACUCGCCGCCAGGCAGGUGGAGGUCGAGCUGUCGGAGGAGCAGGAGGUGGAAAGGCUGCUGCGGCGCCAGGCGAAGGAGAUCCGCCUGCGCAAACUCCAGAGGCUGAUGGAACCGCGGGGGCCCCCCGAGCGCAGCCUGACCCGCCAGGCGAUGGAGCAGAUUCGGUAUCUCAGCCGGGAGCUGCCCGAGGACUGGCCUGUCCCCCGCCUGGCGCGAGGCUUCCAGGUGGAGCCCGAGGUCAUCCGCAGAGUCCUCAAGAGCCGCUUUUCGCCUUCUCCGGAGCGCAGCCGCAGGCAGGACUACAAAGCUGCCACCCAAAAGAGCGACUCUACGGCCACCGCUGCGCGCCACCGGGGCCUCUUGCCCAAGGAGGCCACCUUCCGGCUGCUGCCUGCCGGCCCCAGAGAAACUUCCUCUCGGCCUGUUACCCCCAAAGCACGGCCGGCCCCCUCUGCGCCGGAGGAGGAGGAGGAAGAGCAGGAGGCAGAGGCGGGCUGCGGCCGGAGGGUUCUGAGCGACACCGAGCUGGAGGCCCUGGCGGCGGAGGGCCGGGAGUCCCAGCUGAAAGUCGUGCAGAAGGGCCAGGAGGUCUUCGACGGCGACGGAAACCUCCUCUACAGGAUCCCAGUUCCCCAGCAGGCCUGAGAGCAGCCGCCCUUGCUGCCUGGGGGAAGGCAGACCGGCAGGGCCCUUUCUGAGCAGGCUGUCUGGGCUGGACUUUUCCUGUACCUUAAAUGGCCAAAUUCAGCCUCAGAGGGUCUGCUGUAGGUGGGGAGACACUGGAGAGUUUCUGGCUACAUCAGGGCUGGCACAUCCUCACUUGAGGCCAAAGGGAGGACUUUGGCUUGGGGCCUCCCAGCCCCAUAAGGCCUGGGGCAGUUUGUCUGAGUCUGCUCAAGGGAGGAGACUCCUGAAUUUGGAGAGGCCAUCCAGCACUGUGGGGCAAGUGGCAGUUAUGUCCCUUUGCUGGAGCCCAGGCCCUGCAGUCAGGCAGUGGCCGCAGGGGGAAUGAAAUCCAGAUCUCCUGGGCCCAUCUCUGCCACUCACUAAGGCAAGCGCAGGAUAGUAAACCUCUCUGCCUUUUUGAACAUGUUUUGGGAGGGAAAGUGGCAACUGAUCGAUUCACCCUUGUUGCUUGAGCUCCUUAAAACAUGCAGGUUCCUCAGACUUCUGUUACCCCUUCUGAAAAGUAGACUCCAACUGUUAUGAAGAGCUGUUUGGAAGGUCGCUCACUCUUCAGUGUAGAAGAAGCUGAUUUGUUGUUAUUGUGGGCAACAGAGAAGCAAUUUCUAGCAAACUGCCCAGUGGUCACAUAGCUCCAGAGCUUGGAAAAGUUACUUUUUUGAACUACAGCUCCCAUCAGCCCCAGCCAGUAUGGCCACUGGAUUGGGUUGAUGGGAGUUGUAGUUCAAAAAAGUAACUUUUCCAAGCUGUGGCUUUUCCCCACCUAACACCCUCUAGAAGUUUUGGACUAGACCUCCCAUUGUCCCUAGCCAGCGCAGCUGUUAGGAGUUGUAGUCUAAAACAUCGGGAGGGCUUGAAUGCCUGGCCAUCUGGCCUCUUGGAGUGCACGUGGCGUGCCCAUGGUUCUGCUGCCUGGAGCGCCACCUCCUCUAUGAUUCUAUUAUUUUCCCCACCCUGCCCUGCAGCUGAUUGGAGGCAGUGCCCCUGCCUUGUUGGAACAGUCUGGCCGUUCAAAUAAUGGAAAUAGUGUUUGUUGCCUGUCCAUGAUUGAUUGAAGGGGGGAGGGUGAGGCAGGGAAAAAGCACAAGUAAUUGAAAACAAUUUUGCUGGACAAAACCCUCCCUAAUCUUGGGGAGGGGGGCUCAGAGUCCUUGCCCCUUCUCGUUUGUCUUCUCAAACAAGAAACCCAAACUAAUUCAUCAUGAGCAGGGAUGCAUCCCUGUGCCAGCCAGGAACACAGAGUGGGAGGUCUCUUGGUGGCCUAACUAUCAAUGACUUGGGGUGCUCAGGAGAAGAGCACGAUCUGUAGGGGAAGAAGCUAUAAGCAGCCUACCCCUAAAAUCUCUCCAGAAUGUAAAAGAUUAAAUUAUACUGCAGGGGGUCUCUCAUUUUCUGGUUUGGUGAAAACCUGCUGUCUGUUCCUAAAGCGGAUGUUUCAGAGUUCUAUUCUAAUCCAUGGGGAGUGAGGCAAGGGGGUGGGGGAUGUCCCACUGUCUCUUGGGUGGAUGGGAAGUGCUGUGGUGGACUUGGCUUCAGUGAGCCCCCAGUGCAGUGAAGAGGAUGAGGGCUGAAGGGCUCAGGGACUGUGUGCAGAAGCCAGCAUGGUGUGCAAGGAUGACCUGUGUAUAAUUUGGAUUACUGUUAAUGUGAACUAAUAGGGGAAUGGAUACAAUCUCUACUAAAUAAAAGUCUUUACUGGUACCACUACAGCAUGGAACUAAAAGCAAGUGAAUUAAUGUACAGUUUCCAAGUUUUAAAGCAUGAGUGAAGUCAUAACCUCCAGGCUAAGCAAUGAAAAUGUGAGACUUGAAUUCUUAACAAUUCUUAUAAAAAAGCCCCCCCCCCCCAAAUUUCUAACAGCUUUUUUCAUCAAAUCCUUAUUUAAGUAAUAAAAUCCGUAAAUCUUCCAA